AAAAUCCAGUCCAAUUAAACCGGUUUCGCCCCAAGUAAAGUACCACGGAAGUGCUGUGUCCCUUGAUCUCUCUAUUUCAUUUCAACUCUUUGUGAGUACAAAUUACAAAAAUCUCAAGUUCGAUUAAUUGUUUAUGAUAAAGUUGGUUAACAGAAAGAGUUGAAGUGACCCUUUCUUGGUGGAGCUCUUUUUUAGAAUCCAUGGAUUCAAUUUCGGUCGGUAGCGGGUUCAAUAUCUUGGAGAUUUACCGACGAUAUUGUGACAUUAAAUCCCAAACUGUGAAUGUUUAUGGAGACAAAGGUUAUAGACAAGAUGAAGAGUUUCUAAAAGCUAAUUUUUCGAGGGAGGCAUUGUCUGAACUUUUGAACUUGGUUGAGUCAGCUGUACAUACGGGGAUUUCGGUUUUUGAAGAGCUUUACAAGCUCAUGUCACAGUUGAACUUGAUGGCAGAUUUUUCUGAAUUCACACGUUUUUAUGAUUUUGUUUUCUUCAUGUGCCGUGAGAACGGUCAAAAGAAUAUCACUGUAAGUAGAGCAGUUACCGCCUGGAGGUUAGUUUUAGCUGGCAGGUUUCGCUUGCUUAAUCAAUGGUGUGACUUUGUUGAGAAAAAUCAGCGACACAACAUUUCUGAGGAUACGUGGCAGCAAGUUUUAGCAUUCAGUCAUUGUGUACAUGAAAAUCUGGAAGGUUAUGAUCCUGAAGGUGCUUGGCCUGUUCUAAUAGAUGACUUUGUGGAGCAUAUGUACAGAGUAUCGGGAUCUAAUGAAAGUCCAAACUUGUUCUGUAGCUGUGGUGUUUCGGAGUCCCAGUCAUAUGCAUAUGAGGACCCUCUUCCUGGCUUGAAGAAUUGUCCUGGUUUGAAGAGGAAGUCUUCUGGCCUUCAAAAAGAUGAAAUGGACUCAUCAGAGGAUCACUUCCCUGACUUGACAGACCUAAAUCACAUGUUAACUCCCAAGAGAAGCAGGUUGGUUGCUCAGAGACCUCUGGACGAGGAAGGUAAUCCUCCAGAAAGUGCUGGCGAUGACAGCAUGGAAAUAAUUAAACAUAGUAGUCCAUUUGGUUCCUCCAAGUCUCCUUGUGCCGUUGAAGGCUGCCUAUCCAAGGGCUUCGCAGGGCUGUUUUCAACUUUCCUUUCUGCAAUUUGAUUGGGAAAGGAAGGAGACUGUCAAACGCUUAGAGCUCCACGCAAAGUAUUUCAGUAAAUCUUCCCUUCAUAUUCGUGUUGUGUUUGCAUAUACCCACAUUUUUUCACUUGUUCCCUGGGAUGGUUUCACAUCCUUUUUGUUUUUUUCUUUUGACAUUUGUGGGUGUCUGUUAUUGAUGUCCAUGAUCUAUGGUGAUUGGUAAAAUCAAUAAAAGAAUUACUAGCUGUGGUUGUUUCUUAAA